GCUUGUGCCUGUGUCUGAGCUGGCCUGGGUCACCUGUGGUCACCUGUCCACUCUGUGUCUGGUGGAGGGAACAGACAAGACGUCAGCGUGGUGGUCAGUGGUCAGGUCACGCUGAGUGUGCGGCAGCUUGCGCCUGUGUCUGAGCUGGCCUGGGUCACCUGUGGUCACGUGGCGGCGCCUCCCUGGGCUCACCUGAGGGCGUGCAGGAGAACAGACGCGGUGAAAGAGCAAGGCCAGACUGGCAAGUCCUCCUGUCCAUUGUGCCCCAGAGCCUCUCAGAUCAGUGGCUGGCAAGUCCUCCCAUCCUCUCUGCCCCAGAGCCCCUCAGGUGCAAGGUCGGUGUGCAUCCUUGGUGCAGCCCCAGGGUUCCUGCAGGACCAGCCACGGCCAGGAGCAGCGUAGCAAUGGAGGGUGCGAGGCCAGGCAGCAGCAGCAGCAGCAGCAGUAGUAACAGCCUGGAGCAGCAGGCAAGCCCAGGCAGGAGGACCUACACUUGUGACCACUGCGGCAAAGUGUGCUCCACCAAGGCUGCCAUUGCCAGACACGUCCUCUCCCAUGCCAGCAAGACAAGGCUGAGAGGCAGGAGUGGCCCCGCUGAACACACUGCCACCCACACUGGUGGCAGGAACCACAAGUGUGACCUCUGCGGGAAGACAUUUGUCUGGAAGAGUCAUCUUGCCUCACACAUCCUCACCCACACUGGGGAGAGAAAGUUCCAGUGCCUGGAGUGUGGGAAAAGAUUUACCCAGGAGAGUCAUCUUAACAGACACAUCCUCAUCCACACUGGGGAGAGAAAGUUCCAGUGCCUGGAGUGUGGGAAAAGAUUUACCCAGGAGAGUCAUCUUAACACACACAUCCUCACCCACACUGGGGAGAGAAAGUUCCAGUGCCUGGAGUGUGGGAAAAGAUUUACCCGGAAGGGUUCCCUUAACACACACAUCCUCACCCACACUGGGGAGAGAAAGUUCCAGUGCCUGGAGUGUGGGAAAAGAUUUAUCCACAAAAAUCAUCUUAACAGACACAUCCUCACCCACACUGGGGAGAGAAAGUUCCAGUGCCUGGAGUGUGGUAAAAGAUUUACCUGGAAGGGUUCCCUUAACAUACACAUCCUCACCCACACUGGGGAGAGAAAGUUUCAGUGCCUGGAGUGUGGGAAAAGAUUUACCCAGAAAAGUGAUCUUAACAGACACAUCCUCACCCACACUGGGGAGAGAAAGUUCCAGUGCCUGGAGUGUGGGAAAAGAUUUACCCGGAAGGGUUCCCUUAACACACACAUCCUCACCCACACUGGGGAGAGAAAGUUCCAGUGCCUGGAGUGUAUGAAAAGAUUUACCCAGAAAAGUGAUCUUAACACACACAUCCUCACCCACACUGGGGAGAGAAAGUUCCAGUGCCUGGAGUGUGGGAAAAGAUUUACCCGGAAGGGUUCCCUUAACACACACAUCCUCACCCACACUGGGGAGAGAAAGUUCCAGUGCCUGGAGUGUGGGAAAAGAUUUACCCGGAAGGGUUCCCUUAACACACACAUCCUCACCCACACUGGGGAGAGAAAGUUCCAGUGCCUGGAGUGUGGGAAAAGAUUUACCCGGAAGGGUUCCCUUAACACACACAUCCUCACCCACACUGGGGAGAGAAAGUUCCAGUGCCUGGAGUGUGGGAAAAGAUUUACCCGGAAGGGUACUCUUGACAGACACAUCCUCACCCACACUGGAAAGAAGAAGAGAAAACAGCCAAAAUCAUAGCUGUUGCAGUCCCCGGUGACUCCGGCCUCAGUAGAGCUGAAAGGCACAAAACUACAAAAUAUCACGACCUAAAAAGUGACCUGGGAACAACAUGGUCGCCGAUGGACACCGGUAUAAUACCAGUGGUGGUGUGGGCGACAGGGCUAAUGAAGAAAACCUUGAGAGCUGCCUGGAGGCAAUCCCCGGUCGCCCAAGUGCCCACGAGGUACACACAGCUGCGGUCAAGGGAACGGUCGCCACGCUGAACAUAACCCUCGGAUGGAAUGCCGGCGCUGCUGAGGGUGUGACCACUAACACCAGGCUUGGGGCCCAUUGCACUCACCAGACAACAAAACAGGAAAGUGCAGAAAACGGGGAGAGAAUGUUCCCGUGCCUGCAGUGUGGGAAAAGAUUUACCCACAAAGGUAAUCUUAACACACACAUCCUCACCCACAUUGGGGCUUGUACAAACUCAGUGCACCCUGAGUGUAGGAAGACAGAAGGAAGCAGAAACAGAAGGAUCUGCUCUGAACCACCCUGGAGAGAGAAACUGCAGCAGAGGAUCACCCAUCAAAGAGAAGAAAUCUGGCAGAUAACAAGCUUCCUGUAAGACCAAAACGACACAAGGAACCUCCUCAAGAAAACAGACAGAAUGACAGGAAGGUGCAGCGCAAGCAACGGCCGGCCGGGCGGAAGACCGGCAGGGGCCGAGCCCCGGCCGAAGCCUUGGCACCACAGAUGAGGACAAAGACAAGAAAAUAAAGGCCAGAAAGAUGAAGAGGCAGCUUGCAGAAAAGCCAGGGGUGGUGUGCAGACACAUGGCAAAGACCUCAAUAGAAGUACAAGACCCACCCGAGAAAGAAGUGGCCGAGGGAUGCUGGAAGACCCCACGCAGCAUCAGGCAGCCCCUGGGAUACAGACCACCACGGUUAAACACACAAGUAAACAACAACAAUGCCAGCUGUUCAGCUUACAGAGGAAGGUCUGCUGAGAAAGAGAGUGAGUCAAUGCAGCAAGUUUGAGGCUCCAGGUGUAGACAAAGCCCCAAGUUUUGGGUCAGAAAGAUUACACGAGUGCACCGUUCCGUGCACUCGUUUGUACCAGACUACAGAAAGGAAAAGAGGAGCCCCCACAAUGGCUGGCCACUGGAAACACAAGCCUGCCACCAAACGCCAGCCAGACUCCACUGCCAUCCAGACACGGAGCCGUCCGCUGCCCGUCAACAACACGCAGGUGGCCGACAGAGACACCGGUGUGGAGUUUGGUCUGGUGGAGUGCUCCACAUGCACCGGCAGGACUGGCAAGAAGGUAGCACCAGAAACACACACACUGGUGAACAGGACUGCAUUCAACACCUUGCCAUUCAACACCUUGCUCAACACUUCACAUGCAGGUGUUUGGGAACACAAGAGAAUGCCACACUACAACACAAAAAAUGAGAAAAACAAUCAAGAAAGAAUUACCUUAACACCUUGAAAAAGAUUCGCAGGUCAGAACUAACACCAAAAAACAAGACUACUGCCACAAACCAGCUGGCAGUACCAGUAGUGACUUGUGGGUGUGGUGUGGUGUGGUGACUGGCCACAAGACUGCUGCCACAAACCAGCUGGCAGUACCAGUAGUGACUUGUGGGUGUGGUGUGGUGUGGUGACUGGCCACAAGACUACUGCCACAAACCAGCUGGCAGUACCAGUAGUGACUUGUGGGUGUGGUGUGGUGUGGUGACUGGCCAAAAGGUUUAUUCUGAAAUGUAAUCUUGACAAACAUCCUCACCCACACUGUGGUAAGGAAGUACAGGUGUGGUGUUUGUGGCAGUGUUUCUGUAGGAAGAGUGGUGUUGCCAGACACAUCCAAACACUCCUGUGGGGGUGAGGUGUUGUGGAUGUGCUGGUGGUGUGUGAGGGACUUGGAGUGACUAGUGUUUGUGUGUUGUUACUUUGUACUCAAGUGUUGGAAUAAACUUUUGUUGCUAGAA